GGAGGACGGGUCCCAGGACCCGAGUGAGGGUUCCACACCUGGCCUUCAGUACGGGUCAAGACGCAGGCACCUACGCCAAAGGGGAGCAAAGCCGGCCUCGGCCUGAGGGCCCCCAGGACCUCCAUCUCCCAAUGCCAGAGGUGGUCUCCGCCCACUUGCCCGCUGAGGUUCCCUCCCAGGAAUCCGCCACGUGACGGUCGGACCACCGUCUCUGACUAGAAGAGCCCCGAAAGCGCCAUGGCUCCCCAGAAGCUGCUCUGCCUUCCCUCCCUGCUGCUGCUACUCCUGACGCGGCUGCUGCCCCAGGCAGACACUCGGUCGUUUGUAGUGGAUCGGGAUCAUGACAGAUUCCUCCUGGACGGGGCCCCGUUCCGCUACGUGUCUGGCAGCCUGCACUACUUUCGGGUACCACGGGUGCUUUGGGCAGACCGGCUUUUCAAGAUGCGAAUGAGUGGCCUCAACGCCGUACAGUUUUAUGUGCCCUGGAACUACCACGAGCCAGAGCCUGGGGUCUAUAACUUUAAUGCCAGCCGUGACCUCUUUGCAUUUCUGAAAGAGGCAACUUUAGCAAACCUGUUGGUCAUACUGAGACCAGGACCUUACAUCUGUGCAGAGUGGGAGAUGGGGGGUCUCCCAGCCUGGUUGCUUCGAAAACCUAAAAUUCAUCUGAGAACUUCAGAUCCAGACUUCCUUGCCGCAGUGGAUUCCUGGUUCAAGGUCUUGCUGCCCAAGAUACAUCCAUGGCUCUACCACAAUGGGGGCAACAUCAUUAGCAUUCAGGUGGAGAAUGAAUACGGUAGCUACGGGGCCUGCGACAUGAGCUACAUGAGACACCUGGCUGGGCUCUUCCGUGCACUGCUUGGAGACAAGAUCUUGCUCUUCACUACAGAUGGCCCUGAAGGCCUCAAAUGUGGCUCCCUCCAGGGACUCUAUACCACUAUAGAUUUUGGCCCAGCUGACAACAUGACCAAAAUCUUUGCCCUACUUCGGAAGUAUGAACCCCGCGGGCCAUUGGUGAACUCUGAGUACUACACAGGCUGGCUGGAUUACUGGGGCCAGAAUCACUCCACACGCUCCAUACCAGCUGUAACCAAAGGACUAGAGAACAUGCUGAAGUUGGGAGCCAGUGUGAACAUGUACAUGUUCCAUGGAGGUACCAACUUUGGAUACUGGAAUGGUGCUGAUGAGAAGGGACGCUUUCUUCCAAUUACUACCAGCUACGACUACGAUGCACCCAUAUCUGAAGCAGGGGACCCCACACCUAAGCUUUUUGCUAUUCGAAAUGUCAUCAGCAAGUUCCAGGAAGUUCCCUUGGGACCUUUACCUCCCCCCAGCCCCAAGAUGAUGCUUGGACCUUUGAGCCUACACCUGGAUGGGAAUUUGCUGGCUUUCCUAGACUUCCUAUGUCCCCAAGGGCCCAUCCAUUCAAUCCUGCCAAUGACCUUUGAGGCUGUCAACCAGGACCAUGGGUAUAUGUUGUACCGGACCUAUCUGAUCCAUACUGUUUCUGAGCCAGCACAAUUCUGGGUGCCAAACAAUGGAGUCCAUGACCGUGCCUACGUGAUGGUGGAUGGGGUGUUUCAGGGUGUUUUGGAACGAAACAUGAAACACAACCUAUUUUUGACGGGGAAAAAGGGGGCCAAACUGGAUGUCUUGCUGGAGAACAUGGGGAGGUUCAGUUUCGGGUCUAACAGCAGUGACUUCAAGGGCCUAUUGGAGCCACCAAUUCUGGGGCAAACGGUCCUUACCCAGUGGCUGAUGUUCCCUCUGAAAGUUGAUAAUCUUGUAAAGUGGCGGUUUCCCAACCAGUUGCUGAAAAGCUCACAUCCUCAAACUCCCUCUGGCCCCACCUUCUACUCUACAACCUUCCCAAUUUUAGACUCAGGCGGGGACACAUUUCUCUUUCUACCUGGAUGGACCAAGGGCCAAGUCUGGAUCAAUGGGUUUAACCUGGGCCGCUACUGGACAAAGAGGGGGCCACAACAGACCCUCUACGUGCCAAGACCCCUGCUGUUUCCUAGGGGAGCCCUCAACAAAAUCACGUUGCUGGAGCUAGAAAAUGUGCCUCUUCGGCCCCAAAUCCAAUUCCUGGAUAGGCCUAUCCUCAAUGGCACUGUGCAUAAGACACACAUCUGUUCCCUCUCAGCUGAAAGUGCCUCUGAACCAAUGGAGUUAAGUGGGCACUGAAAGAAAGGUAACCCUUGGACCUGGGACAUGUAGUGGGCAGGAUCCCUUGGUGCUAGUCAUGGUGACCGUAAGGAAACAAAGGCCACAGGUCUGAAUGUAAGUACAAGUGCAGUUUCCUUGCCAAACUUCAUUGUGAUUAAAAUUCAAGAGCCAGUACCAGCUCCACA